AGAAGCUAAUAGAAACUAAAGGCUUUCAUUCAAGUCUCUUCUGAACUUUUAAAGUUUAAACCCUGAUUUCUGUGAUCUAUACAUCUCUUCAUUGUCCUGGUGUCCAAGAAUCUUCAUUCCUCAGUAACCCUUCUCUUCCUUUCCAUCAAAGGUUAGAGCUUGACGUCCAACUUUGCUUGUCAUUUAUUUUUUACUGUCUAAAUUCCCUUGCUUGUUUCCCUUCUGGCUCGGAAUCUGGUACGGUUUUUGGCAGCUUCCCUAAGUGGGACCAUAUGGCCAGCCCUGGUGAUAAAAGCGAGUGUGAAUGGAGAGAGAGAACCAAAUCAGAGGGGGCUGUUCCACUACUUGAACCAGAUAAUUGUCCAAAUGGUUGGGCUUCCCCACCUGCAGACAAAUUCAUGGUAAGGGGUCCAGAUUACUUGACAACCAAGGUUAAAAUUCCUGCUGAAGAAUGUCUUCUACAGCCUCUUGGGUUUGACUGGAUUAAAGGUUCUACAAAGAUCGCAGAGAUUUUGAAAAAUCCAAAUAGCCGUGUAAGGAAGGUUAUAGACGAUGAGUUUCCAACUCAUGAUAAGCCUUUUGUUUGGGCAUUUAAUCUACAAGUACCCAGCAAGGAUAAUUAUAGUGCGGUGGCCUAUUUUGUUACCACAGAACCAGUUCCAGAGGGAUCAUUGAUGGACCAGUUCUUGAGAGGGGAUGAUGGGUUCAGAAAGUCAAGGCUUAAACUGAUUGCCAACAUUGUCAAAGGCCCCUGGAUUGUAAGAACGGCAGUUGGGGAGCAGGCUGUAUGUAUAAUUGGGCGUGCCCUUACCUGUAGAUACUGUGUAGAAGAGAAUUUUUUUGAAGUUGAUGUGGAUAUCGGGUCUUCUGUAGUUGCAAGUGCCAUUGUUCAUCUGGCAUUUGGUUACAUCACAAUGCUGACUGUUGACUUAGCUUUUGUCAUUGAGGGUCAAACUGAGUCAGAGCUUCCAGAGCGACUAUUAGGUGCAGUCAGAUUCUCUGAACUGAAUCCUGCUUCUGCUCACUCAUAUGAGCCAUCAUCAUUUGAAAGUGCUGGUAGUUUGCAGUCUUCAUUGCCAACACGUUUGUGGAAAUCUAUCGGCCAGGGGUUUUCUCAAUUUCUUAAUCCAGGAGUUCAAGAGGGUGGUUCUACCACUGGCUUGGCCCAUGUUAAUGGAACUUCCAAUCAUGAAGACUGUAGUGAAGAUAUAAAGAAAUGGUAAGAAUUGUGAAAAUUGAAUACCUUGGAAAUUUUUUGUCCCAGUAAAGAUUUAAGUUUCAGUUCAUGUUUGGUGCUAUGCAUAAGGAGCUUAUGAACAGACCUUUUGAGUUUUGACAAUAUCUGCAGAUGAAUCAACUACUCCUGGUCGACAGUGCAUACAUUGCUAUAGGAGAAGCUUAAUCAUAGAUGAUGCAGGAUGACUGAAAUGGCAAAGCAUCAAUGCUCAUAGCAUCUGCUGCUCCAUCACUAGCUAUUGCAUUUGAUUCUUGAGAUUUGUUGCAGCUGUUGGUAGACUGUGAAAGAGUUCUAUAUCAUUUGUUGGCAAUAAAGUAAAUUUCAUUUAGAAGCUUAGAGUUGGAUUACUUGAUAUUGGCAGCUGUUAUUAAUUCUGGGUUCUGAGAAUAACCAGAAGGUAAAUUUGAGACCCUGAAUUUGGCCAUUGAUAUAAUUAGUGCUACACCAGACAAAUUUGGACACCAGUGACGAACUUGGGUUGUGUAUAGAAACUUUAAAGUUAAUAUAUAAAUUCAGGAAAUUUUGGAAA